CAUCACAUAUGACUAAUAAUAAAUUAAUAAUAAUACCAAUGCCGUGGCCCAACAUUUUCGCCCCAUUUGUAUCAAAGACACACUGAACGACAAUCUACCCCCUCCCGCACUCAUACGGAAUUCUGGGGUUGAAUUGAUCUUCGAACAUCGUUUCAGAGAUAAAUAUUUUGUCAUAGCUGAUGAUGGGAGGUGCACUAGGGGUACCUGAAUCACCAAAAAGGGGUUAUCUUCCUGAAACCAAACUUGAAGCCAAAAUGGUUGAAGCUAUGCAGGAGAGGGCAUCUAAAGGAACUGUAAUGAAGUCCUUCAAUACCAUCAUUCUCAAAUUUCCAAAAAUUGAUCAAAGCUUUAGAAAAUGCAAGGCUAUCUUUGAAGAAUUUGAUGAGGAUAAAAAUGAAGUGAUAGAUCACAAUGAGCUGAAACACUGCUUUCGCAAAUUGGAAAUAUCUUUCACCGAGGAAGAGGUCGAUGAUUUCUUCAAGGCAUGUGAUAUAAAUGAGAACAUGGGGAUGAAAUUCAACGAAUUUAUUGUGCUUCUCUGUCUUGUCUACCUUCUUCAGGAGGAUCAACCAAAGACCGGAGUUAAAUCUCGGAUGGGGUUGCCCAAUCUGGAAGCCACAUUUGAGACACUGGUUGAUGCAUUUGCUUUUCUGGAUAAAAACAAGGAUGGCUAUGUCAGCAAGACCGAGAUGAUUCAGGCAAUAAAUGAAACUACCAGCGGGGAACGUUCUUCAGGACGAAUAGCGAUGAAAAGAUUUGAAGAGAUGGACUGGGAUAAAAAUGGAAUGGUUAAUUUCAAGGAAUUUCUUUUCGCUUUCACCCGUUGGGUUGGUAUUGAUGAAGCUGAAGAUGAGGAUGAAGAAAAGGCUUAAUUUAUUCUGCUUGGAUGGUGGUAACUGGUAAGGUUGAUGGUGGUCGCACCCAGACUGUUGUUUUGUCGAAAUGUUGAAUUGAUGAUAUCAAAAGGCGCUGCUGGAUUGCUGUUGCUCAUUUUGCAAUGUAAAUAGGCUUUGGUCAGCAACGGUACAGUUUAAAUAAGUGCAACACCAAAUUCUAAAGAUAUUGAUCUAGCCUUGGUUUUGGUUUCGGUUUUGGAUUUUACAUUCCAUCAUGUGUUUCCUGUGAUAAAGUGGUGGAUGGAUAUGUGUUAGAUUAGAUUUCUGAGACAGAAUCUCAUUUUUGGUGGGAAGAUUUGUUUAGUAAGGUGUAGACUCAUUCCUAGUACUAUUUUAAGAUGGCUGAAAAAGCUCACAUUUUCUAAAAAUUAUAGCAUUGGUUUCAUGUA